AUGAAUACCCGAAAUGCGCCGCUUUCACCUGUCUCUGUAGGCGCUGGAAGCGAAUGGUCCGGUAUUUCCAAGUACCCGAAUAACGACGGCGACGGUCCUUAUCCUGACAAUCGAGGUCCUGUUUCUCCCCCGGAUUCCAAUAGCUCCAACGGGAAUAUGAAUGGCUUCCCUCCCGGCCCUAGGAGCAUUGGCGGUCCCUCGCCGCCGCCUUCGGUCGGACGCUCCAGUACUUAUGCUAGGAGCGAGAGUGGGAGGAGUAUCCGCGAAGAAAAUACUGAGGCAGUCUUAGGAGAACACUACAUCGCCCUCAAGAGGUACCUGUCCUCGACCUCUAAGGAUGGCCGAGCAGGUCCACCCCCUAACAAGGCACGCGACAAGCUAUUACGCCUAUCGUCUGUUCAGUUUCUCGAGCUAUCUACCGAUGUCUUCGACGAGUUAAUGCGACGGCAAGCCUAUAGUCGAAGACCCCCCAAUGCGCCUCCUAAUGUUGGUCCUCCAUCUUACUUAUUGCCCGAAAAUAUGUUCCAUCCCAAGCGCAAUCAAGCACGUCAGAAGUUAUCGACCUUAGGUCCGCCGAGAUUUAGGGAUCUUGCGACAGAUGUCUUCUGCGAAUUGGAAAGGCGAAUUCCCCGAUUUAUCGCAGGCGAUGUCCCCCGGAUGAGCAAUCCUGGAUUACCGUCAAGUCGAGCUGGCACUCCCAUAAGCGGCAUGGUCCCUAGGGGACCAAACGGUAUGCGGAGACCGUCAGACGCGAGUUCCAUUCGUUCCGCCGCUCCUAGGAUCAAUGGUGAAUACCCUGUACCGCCGUCUCCUGGUCUAUCGAACGGUAACUUUGAUCGACCUCUCCCAAAGCAAUUUCAAAGCAAUACAAUUGUACCCAACAAGAGUACGAUGGUUGAGGAGGACGAUGAUAUGGCCGGGUCGAACGACGAAGAUAUUGAUGCUUUCAGGUCGCAAAAUCGAGAUAGUAAAAGGAGCAUCGGCACAAAUGGUGGCGCAUCCGAGGCAAGUGUCGACAAAAGGUUAAUAGACGACUAUCAAAACCAAGUACGAGAGCUUCGGGACAAGAUAGAUAGCAUGGAAGAUCAACUCAAGAAGAAAGACGAUGACCUGACUCAAUUCAUGGAUGGUGAACGAUCCCGUACAUCGGCUUCAAACUUGGAAAAAAAGGAAUGGGAAGACAUGCGGACAGACCUCGAGAGCAAGCUCUCCGAAGCACAAACACUCAACGACUCGUUACGGGACGAACUUGAGAGGAUGAGGGAUGACCACGUCAUGGAGACGCGGAAGCUAAGGGAAGAGAUUGAAGACGCUCAGAAGAACAACAAUAGCAACAACAGGAGUACCGGAGGAGAUUCUGAUGUCACGAGAGAAAACGAAGAGUUGCGUAUGGCUCUCGAAGAGCAACAGCAAGUAACAGAGAAUGUCCGACGUGAGGCCCGGCAGUUCCUCGACGAAAUGAAGGUUCUCUCGCAGCAGCACAGCCCCUCCUGGGAGAGGCAGGCCGAGCUGGAGAAGAUUGUUGAGCAACUAGAACAAGAAGUCAGAGAGUGGCGAAACCGCUACGCGCGCACAAAGACGCAGCUCAGGAGCAUGCGUGCCUCGUCGAUGGGACUGACAAUUGAGCAGGAUGCCGCCAAGUACGUCCGAGAAAAGGGCUUCACGGAAGAGAAUGGCCUCGUCAAGGAUGUGCACGUCACUAAAUUCCAAAUCGCUAUUGAUGAAUUAUUGCAAAGGGCGAGAACGGAUACCCCGGACAAGGUAAUCGAUUCUAUGAAGGCGGUUAUUGUCGGCGUCCGACGUAUCACGAAAGACAUCGACGAGUCACGGCCGACCGAUGGAGAAGUUGCCCAGCAGCAACAGAAGCUCAAGAGCCGAGUCUCCGCCACGGCCAAUAACUUGAUUACCGCUUCCAAGAACUUUGCAUCCGGAGCAGGAAUUUCGCCUGUUUCUCUGCUAGAUGCGGCCGCCUCCCAUCUUGUUGCUGCUCUCGUCGAACUGCUGCGAACCGCCAAGAUACGUGCUACGCCCACCGGCGAGUUAGAAGAUGACGAUGACGGCACAGUUACGCCAGUAGAGUCGACCGGGUUCUUCUCGAACCGCACCACCACAACACAGCAAGAUGCGUUCUUGAAAUCGCAAGAAUCUCCUCUCGUGCCGCCCCCGCCGUUUCAAGGUCUCCGCGCCGGAAUGCGUGAUAGCGCCAACUCUUCGGCCUACAGCCCUAUCAGUUCGCCGCGAGAAUCCGGCGAUCAAUACGGCUCUAGGAACGGCGGUGUCAACGGUAUGGCGUACAUGGGACUAAACAAGCUACCUUCACCUCCCAACGGCCAACGAGACAAUACAAAUGAAGAGUUGAAGAUAUAUCUCGAAGACCAGAGGGAGAUUAUGGUCCAGACAAUUCAAGGUCUAGUCGGUUCCAUCCGUGGCGACGCGCCUAUCCAGCAGAUAUCCGAGGAGAUUACGUCGAUUACCGAUGUCGUUGGCAAGGUAGUUGCCGAGACCGAAGCAAGCGGCAACGGUGGCGAUAUGACGGACCGCUUGGCCGCUUGUCGCCAACGGCUGAUCGAAGCCGGAGAUCGAGGCAAGGAUCUCGCAGCUCGUGGCCUUGGAGAAAAUGAUCGGGAUUGGCGCAUGUGGACUCAGACGUUACCGCCUAUCGCUUUUGAGAUUGUACGCGAAACGAAGGAGUUAGUCCAGCGAAUUGACCGUCUAGUCAUGUCCCCGACGGCGGAUGAUUUCUCUUAG